UGUAAAUAAAUUGCCUAAACAUAGGGCGAAAGUUCUACUUUCCUCGUUGGCUAUCCCCAAACACUACCUUAACCAGAGUGUCUGGCUUCUCUGCCAUUGAUGCUUCCUCUUUCAUCUAUCCCUCAAUGGAUGAAUGAAUGUUUGGUUCCAACCCAACGAGAUGAGCAAGGCCGCAACUUCUCCCAAGGAUUCUGGCGACAACACGGUCACCCACUUUCAUUUUUUCAACAAAUUUAAACGCUUUUCCCCUCUCGAAUCUUCCUUCGGAGUACUCGCCUUCUUCUUCGUCGCUAUUCUCUUCCUUGCGUGCUUCUUCUACUUGGAUUUCAACGGCUUACGCUCUCGUGCCACCACCACUAUCCUUGACUUGGGUUUUUCAUCUUCUUCUGCUUCUUCUUCUGCUUCUGCUUCUGCUUCGGUUUCUGUUUCUGUUUCUACUUCUGCCCCGGUUCAGUUUCUGAGCCACGAUGGCGACAACUGUGAUGUCUUUGAUGGGAAUUGGGUUUGGGAUGAGACCUAUCCCCUUUACCGUUCCGCCAAUUGUUCCUUCUUGGAUCAAGGUUUUCGCUGCUCCGAGAAUGGGAGACCUGACACCUUCUACACCAAGUGGCGAUGGCAGCCCAAAGAUUGCAACUUGCCCAGAUUUGAUGCAAGGAGGAUGUUGGAAAAGCUACGGGACAAGCGAUUAGUUUUUGUUGGUGAUUCGAUUGGAAGAAACCAAUGGGAAUCACUCCUUUGCAUGCUCUCUUCUGCAAUUGCUGACAAGACUCGUGUAUAUGAGGUUAAUGGGAGCCCAAUUACAAAGCACACAGGCUUCUUGGCAUUCAAGUUUGAAGAUUUCAACUGCACCAUUGAAUACUAUAGAUCACCGUAUCUUGUAGUACAGGGACGGCCACCUUCUGGAGCACCGGAUGGGGUGAGAAUGACUUUGAGAGUGGAUCAUAUGGACUGGAUUUCUCAUAAGUGGAGAGAUGCAGACGUGCUGGUUCUCAAUGCUGGACAUUGGUGGAAUAAUGAGAAGACCGUUAAAAUGGGUUGUUACUUCCAAGUAGGGGAGGAAGUGAAGAUGAAUAUGACUACGGAAGACGCAUUCAGAAAAUCAAUGGAAACAGUAGUUGGUUGGAUUGCCAAUGAAGUAAACCUAAACAAAACUUAUGUCCUUUUCCGAACUUAUGCUCCUGUUCAUUUCAGGGGUGGAGACUGGAAUACUGGUGGUGGUUGUCACUUGGAAACAUUACCUGAUUUAGGCUCCUUGCCAGAAGUAUCUGACAUCCAUUUCACAACCAUCAUCGAUGUCUUGUCAGAACGCACAAAUAAAUCAGAAGUUUUGAAUUUGGACCUUCUUAAUGUCACAAAAAUGUCAAUGCGCAGAAGAGAUGGCCACGCAUCCAUUUACUAUCUUGGGCCAGAUGGCACAGCCUCUAUGCAGCGGCAAGACUGUAGCCAUUGGUGCCUACCUGGUGUUCCUGAUUCAUGGAAUGAGAUGCUUUAUGCACUUCUUCUUAAGCGGGAGGAUUUAUAUGAACGGAGACGGAAUACAACAGAUGUUUCUCAAGUUCCAUUAUAAUUGGCUUAUACAGUUUGCAGAGAAUUUUCUAAGUAAGUUAUACAAGUUUUUGCCAACCCUUGGUGAAUGAGGUGAAGCUGCAAGUUGAAUAUGGCAUCUUUCUGGUCAGUCUUACUAGUUGGUGCAUCUAACAAUUUGUUAGUUUGCUUUUUGUAACAGAAUUUUACUCUUAGCAACUAAAGAAAUUAAGCUGUUUAAAUUUGCUACAAAAUGAUUGAUUGACCCUGUCUGUAAGGGUCUGCCAUUGUAGGUGAACAUAUCUAGAUGGAAACUUAAUUUUGGAUGGUGAGUUUCAGGGAUAUCUUGUACAAAAAAGGAAAAAGUAACCAGAGAUCCAAACUUGAUUUGAUCAGAAGGUAUACAGCAUUUAAUUUUUUGUAAAUUUCAUAUGGUGUUCAAAAGCGUAGUGGGAUAUAUGCUGAGUCCAUGAAGUUGCUGGUUGUACACUGUAUAUAAUAAGAGAUUGGUUUUAUUUUUUUUGGGUUAACUGUUUUUGUUUACAUAGACAAAUACCCUCGAGUAAUUCAUAUGCAUUGGUACUGUAUUAAAUGUUUAA